UCUGUCUAGCGAGUUACCGUGCAACACCUUUCGGCAGCAAAGUGUUAACAAAGAACUUUUAAAAACAGUAUUUUACAUAUUUCUUGGCACUUGGAGUUAAAUUCAGGCGAUGCUUGUGCGCCGCAUCUCUUUUGGACCGCUGCAGAAAGUUACUUUUGUGGCUCGGGUUGGUUGUAAAGGUAGUUUCUGGUGCUAGUUCCGCCUCGCUCUUUCGCCUGGGAUGGGCAGAGGCGACAAGUGUCAAAAGUAAUAAGAGCUCAACCAAAUCCAGGGAAAAAACAUCUCCAGCCUUUUGGAUAAAUACGGGUUGACGGGUUACGGGAAACGGAUCACUUUGCUGCUGAGUUUUUCCCCAUUGGAACCAGAAGUCCCAGCAAAACUUCAAAGACACUGUUUCCCGGGAACAUUUUUAUUGAUAAUCAAUGACCUUCGGUCGAAGAGCUGCUGACUGAGUUUGCACAGUGAUGGAAAAUCACGACAAUGAGGUUGACCUGCAACAGAGCACAAAAGGAGGGGAGGAAGGAAGCUCCGGUGGAGGAACACCUCCAGCUAAACGCAAAGGCAAGCUCUCCAAAAUGGGGAAUAUCUUCAAGCCCUGGAAAUGGAGGAAGAAGAAGCCAAGUGAGAAGUUCAGUGAAGCAUCCAAAGAUUUGGAAAGAAAGAUUUCCAUUAGGAAAAGUCGCCAAGAGCUGAUUGCAAGAGGCAUUCUAAAGGACAUGCCAGAGAAUGAGGGCAAUGAUGUGAACCACUCCAAACCUGCACCAGUUAAAAAUGGCCAUCCUGUACCAAUGGAUGUGGACAGGCUCUCAGAAGCAGGGGUGCGAGUGUCUCGAGGGGAGUCUGACAUUAAGGGGAAUUUCAAGCUGCCCCAGGUAGAUGAACGCCGUAGCAGAGCGCCAUCCGAUGCUUCUCGAAGUAACCGGGCACCUCUGGACGUGGACACUCAUGCACGGCUCGCUGUUGAUGUAGACAGACGAAGCCGUCUGCCAUCAGAUAUUGAUAAGAGAGGAUCUCUACCUCGAGGGCCUCAACAAGAUGAUAGAUACCGUAGAGACGAGAGGAGAGAUGAAAAGAAGGACAGGGAAGAGGUGGAAAGAAGAGACUGGCGAGAGGAAAGGGAAAGGGAUGGUGGAGUUGACCGGAAAGAAGAGAGAGACUUCAGAGACCGGCGAGAAUGGAGAGAUGAAAGGACAGAUAGAGACAGAGAAAGGAGGGAUGAUCGGGAGAGGAGGGAUCGGGACGAGAGGGAGAAGAGGGAUGAUCGAGAGAGGAGGGAUCGGGACGAGCGGGAGAGGAAAGACAGGGAUGAUCGGGAGAGGAGGGAUCGGGACGAGCGGGAGAGGAAAGACAGGGAUGAUCGGGAGAGGAGGGAUCGGGAUGAGCGGGAGAGGAAAGACAGGGAUGAGAGAGAACGACGAGAACGGGAUGAGAGGGAGAGGAGAGACAGGGAUGAGAGGGAAAAGAGGGAGCGGGACGAUAGAGAAAGAAGGGAUGACAGGGAGAGGAGAGAAGACAGGGAUCGGCGUCCUGAGCGAAACUUGCGAGAAAAUAGAGAUGACAGGAAAGAUGACAGAGACAGAGAAAACCGGGAGAGGAAAGAUGCUCGAGUAGAGAGAGAGGACAGAGACAGGAGAGACCAGCGGGACUGGCGAGAAGACAGAGAGAGGAGAGAGGACAGAGACAAGCGGGACGACUGGGCCAAGAGAAAUGAAAAAGAGAGGCCAGGGCGGUCUGUUGAUGGCUUUCAGCCUGUCGUCAGGCCUUUCUCUGAGAUGGAUUUGAGGCCUUCUCUGCAGAAGAGCUCCUCAGAGGAAAGCAGGAAAGCUCGUCCUGCCUCGGAGUGUGACCGAAGGAGCACCCUGCCCAGAUACAUGUCACCUACAGAGUUCAGAGACCGCUCAGAGUCUGCUAGUGCCAGCUUCACCCCUGACCCUCAUCCAACACAGGACUCACAGCCAGUGCCUCCCCCACCUAAACAAGCUUUGCUCCCCCCUAAGUUCCUCACUGCUCCUGUCCAUGAGCACAGCGAGAGUCCAACCCCCUCCUCGUCUUCAUCUUCAUCGUCCUCUUCCUCCUCAUCUUCCCCCAAUGCUGUACCUAUAGCCAAGCCACCGAGGACGGUCUCCCUAAUCACAGACGACACACACCGGCCUUCCCUUACUGCUGCUUCUUCAACCGACUCUGACACACCGCCCCCCAUCCCUCCCCAUGCCAAACAGCCUCCUGUCCCCCCACCCAAACCCACCAACCGCAACAGCAACCCUCCACUGCUUGCUUCCUCAUUGAACAGGGGCUCUAAGGUCAGACAGCCUUGUUACUGGACCAGAUGGAGACGCCAGAGUGAGCUCAGCCUCUACUUUUCUCUGCCCACGUACCUGCGUCACAGGGAUGGCCUGUGCUGCUCAGAGGUUUCACAGCCUGGCACCGGCGCCGUUGUACUCCCAACACCUGCCAAGCGCUCUCCACCAGUCCCGCCAAAGAGGACAACCCCUGUCAUCAAGCCCCAAUCUGUGGAUCCUUCACCUCCCAGUCAGGUCCCAGAGUCUCUCACCACUGAGCCUUCCCCUGCUCCCCUUCUGGUGCCCCCUGCUGUUGUGAAAGGAGACAACACAGAGGAUAAGACAAAUGCAACAGUUCCUCAGGCCUCCACUGAGCCUCUGCCUUCAUUGCCCUCCCAUAUACCUCCAUCUCCACCCAGGGUCCAGUCGCUUCAGCCACCCAGCACCACCUCUUCUGGUCCCAUGCCCACCUUGCAAAUUGAUCCCCCGAGCCCAGCCACCAAGCCUCCCAGCCAGCCUCCGCCCAUCCCUCUGCAUGUCCGCAUCUCUAGAGCCCUGGCCAGCCCGGGCCCGCCUCAACCAAACCCAGACGGCUCUCAGAGGGCCCACUCACUACUGUUUGAGACUCCUCCAGAUGUCUUCACGGAGACGGGGGGUAACUCACGGCGCUCUCUCCCUAUCACCAUCGAACCUCUUAGGCUGCCAGAAGACGAUGACUUUGACAUUGAAGAGGAGAUGCGUAAGCUCAACCCCAGUAGGCCUUCCUACCAGUCGGAGCUGGAGCCUCGCAGCAGGAGAGGUUUGAUUGGAGACCCCAGAGUGACAGUCAUCCCUGAGGGUGGAGGCCCCGGAGACAGCGAGGAGGAGUCAGAAACAGAGUCAGACUCAGAUGGCCCCAUCCCAUAUAGAGAUGAUGACGACGAUGAUGAAGAUGAGGAAGGUCCUCCAAGUGGGCUGGCGAGCCGCGUGAAGAGGAAGGACACAUUGGCGCUGAAACUGGAGAGACAAGAGCGAGAGAAGGAAAAUCAGGAGAACUAUGACGGCAUGAGUUGGGCCAACAAGGAGCAGUGGGAGGAAGUGAGGAACAAGAUCGGCACCACACUGACGCGGCGGCUGAGUCAGAGACCCACAGCGAAAGAGCUGGAGCAGAGGAACAUUCUUCAAGCCAAGAAUGAAGUGGACCGACGGCUUGAGAGAAGCGAGAUCAAACGAAGGCUCACCAGAAAGCUGUCUCAGAGGCCCACAGUGGCUGAGCUCCAGGCCAGGAAGAUCCUGCGUUUCCACGAGUACGUCGAGUCCACCCACGCUGAGGACUACGACCGCCGAGCAGACAAGCCGUGGACGAAGCUAACACCUGCUGACAAGGCUGCUAUCCGCAAGGAGCUCAAUGAAUUCAAGAGUUCAGAGAUGGAGGUCCAUGAAGAAAGCAGGAUCUAUACCCGGUUCCAUCGGCCUUAGCUGUCCAUGCUGACCAGUAAAGGAGGUACAAACCCCCACCUCCCCCUUCUCACCAUGAACUGAAUAUGUGGUCCCUUUUGGUCCAUUUUUCUCAUACAGUACCAGCCAAAGAUUUGGAGACAGUGUGUCCAAACGUUUGACUGGUGCUGUAUAGCUUUUUCCUUCAAUCCAUGCCUCCUUACCUGCUGAAGAAGGCAUCACUAAAUGGAAGGACUUAAGGAGCCACACAUCUGUUCCCCCACAGUGGGGUCUAAGGCAGAUCUGACACUGUGGAGUUCAAGACAGCAUCCAUGUUGGAGGUGCCUGGUGCCAACACUAAAAAGGGUGAAGAACCACCUGCAAAUGUCCCCGACUCAGACUGACCUUGAAGGGGGGUAAAUCACUGCCUGAUGCCUUUACCUGCCUUCAUGAGUAAAUCCUCCCUUUCUUCCAGAGCAGAGACUGUGCACAUUAAGCAGUUCAUGUUAGCACUGUUGAUGGUACCACUAAACUGAUCUAGUUUAAACACUGUUCCUCUGAGUGUGCUCCAAGGUGCCUUUACAGCACCUGCCUUACUUUUCAAAUCAAACACCCUGAAGACUCAGAGAAAAUGUGACAGAGUUAGAACUGAGUUGUAGUUUUAAUAAAUCAACAUCAUACUGACAUAUAAUAUCCUAACGCGUGCAUUUUACUGUACUUUGUUGAUCAUUUAGUUGAUUUUCAUGCGACAUAUCCCUAGAUUAUUUUCUUAUAAGGCACCUUAUGUUCCUUAACCGGGUGUAUAGAAAAUUAUAAAGUUUUUGAACCUCUAAUUAAACAAUGUUUAUAACUGAAUUAUUCAAAACAAGAAAAUGUACAUAUUUUUAUUUUCCUGGCUGUUUUAUGGUACUUUGUAUAUGCCAUAGCUGGCUGAAAUUGUAUAGAUCAAUUAUGUAGAUUUGAUUUACUUUAUAUUGUAAACUACUGACAUGCAAUGCUGACAUGUUUUUAAUUAUAAAGUAUUUCUCAGAUGUUAUUUCCUAGUAGUGAUGGUACUUUUUUUUUUUUUUUGAUACAGAGACCUUUAAACUGU